AUGCAAGACAAACUUAUAUGGCACCAUGAGAAGGACAGUAACUAUUCAGUACGUUCGGCUUAUCACUGCUGCAUGAACAGAAAGUUUGCAAAUCUGCCUGGUCCAUCGGUUAAUCCGUAUCAGAAGUUGUGGAAAUCUAUUUGGCGUGCUCCGGUCCAUCCAAGAGUGCGAAACUUUGUAUGGAGACUUGCAAAAAAUAUUCUCCCAACCAAAGACAAUCUGCAGAAGAAAGGUAUUGCUCUCGAUGGCUCAUGUACCAUGUGCUCUGUUGCUGAGGAGUCAGCCCAUCAUUUGUUCAUGGAAUGCCCUUUCGCGAAACAGGUUCUUUUUUCAUCCAUUUUGUCGUGUAGAAUACCUUGCGAUGUUGCUGUCCCGUACUGGCUGAUGGAGAUCUUGAGUUGUGGUGAUUCGCUGCACAUUCAAGUGGUGUGUGUUUCUCUCCAUAAUAUUUGGAAUGCCCGGAAUCAACGUUUGUAUCAACAGAAAAUUGUUUCCCCCUUGCGUGUUAUGGAGAAUGUUUGUUUCCUUGUGGAGGAAUUCAACUGCAGGAAUGUUGACACUGAAACAAAUCAUGAUUCAUCUAGGGCCCAUAGUGAUGUUGUGUUGCCAACCGAUCUGAUCACGGCUCAGGUGGAUGCGGGGGUGUUCCAAGAUGGAUCUGUCUCGUUUGGUUGUGUUCUUCGAAAUCAACGGGCGGAGAUUAUUUUGGCUGCCAGCAAAAAGGAUUUUAUAACGGUGCCACCGAACGUAGCAGAGCUGCUAGCUAUCCGCUGGUGUCUUGGCAUUGCUUCUGCCCUUAAAGUGGAUAGGAUUCUAGUACAAUCGGAUGCUAAAUCUGUUAUAGACUGUAUCAAUGGUUCUGUUAUUGACGCGGUUCUUGAGCCCGUUGCGGAGGAUUGCCGUUGGUUGUUAAAUAGGUUUAAUCUAGCUUAUGUUAUGUUUUUAUCUAGGGAGUUAACUGUAGAUGCCCACAACCUUGUGAGGCUUGGUAAUUUGUAUGGCUCUAAAACUUGGAUCGGAGGCUUCCCUCUUGUGGACUCCACUGUAACUGCUGCUUCUGUUUCUUAA